AUGGACGACGGUAGCGGCGGCGGCGGCAUGACGGCAGCCUCAGCAUCCAUCGGCGGCGGCGGUGGCGGCAGCGGCUUCGGCGGCGUGACGGCAGCCUCAGAAUACAUCGGCGGCGGCGGCGGCGGCGGCGGCGGCGGCGUGACGGCAGUCUCAGCGUCCUUCGGUUGCGGCGGCGACGGCGGCGGCGGCUGUCAGAGCCGCCUGUCCGGUGCAGGCGCCCGGACCAACAGCGGCGACGACGGCAGGCGCGCCCUCGGCGGAGGCGCGAGGGGCCGAUGCGGUUUCGGUGGCGUCGUGCGCUGA